AUGUCAGAUCUAACCGACCAAACUAACGAGCGGAAGCUCGAAUCUGCUGCUGCGUUAUCACUAUCAAAACCUGUCAAUAAUACCCGUUUUCGCCGGUUCCUGGUACUUGCUUCAAUCAAGAUCGUCAAACACUUCCGUCGUAAUAAUGGUGUCCUCAAUAUAUCUAGUGGGAUUUGCGUGAAAUACGGGCAGCUCAAGACUUUAGCAGAAGCAUCAGCUAUGAAAUUCAUUGGGGAGCACACCUCUAUUCCAGUGCCCAAAACAUACUGUUCUUUCGUCCACAAGGGUCGCACAUACAUUGUCAUGGAAAUGAUACGUGGGGAUUACAUGGGACGUGGAUGGGUCUACCGGACGCCUGAAUCUAAAGCACGAAUUCAUUCCCAACUUCGAGAUAUGAUUGCGGAGAUGCGCAGAUUGGUUCCGACAACAUCAAGAAUUGCCAACGUUGAUGGUGGAAUUCUUCUCGACGGAAGAAUCAUGGGACCAAUGCAAUUCGGGCCUUUCGAAAAUACCAAUGAGUUUCACCGGUACCUACGAGGAGGACUGCAUGAACAUUCAUCAAAAUAUCCGGAGGGAGUCAAUGAGCUCAUAGACUGGCACGAUGGCCCUUGGCCUGCACCACCUGUCUUUACACAUGGCGAUCUGAGCAGUCUCAAUAUUCUCGCAGACGGUGACAAAGUGGUGGGGAUCGUUGAUUGGGAAACCGCUGGUUGUAUCCCUCCUAUUGGGAGUAUACGACAGCGAUGUACGUCAAUCCGCGAAACAUGUUUUGGAAGGAAGAGAUUGACAAAUUCUUGGAUCCAAUACCCACCGCGCAAGCUAUGGAGGAGAUUCGGCAAAGAUACUUUGGGGAUUGCUGAGCCAAGAUCGACAUUACCAAAACCAACAACAACCUGGUGA